AUGGUAUUAUCAAACAAGAAGCUAAAGCAAAAGAUAAGAGAAGCAAGGGCCGAAUGUUUAGUGGAAACUGUGUCUAACGGAAAGGGAUUAACAACAAAUCAAGAAGGAUAUCCUAGGCUUCAAGAGCUUCUGGAAGCAGCAAAACAGAGUUCAAAAUUGUCAAAGAGGGAAAAAGGAAGAAAGAAGCAAGCUUUGCAAGGAUUAGAUAAUGCCCAAAAGCGUAUAAGAGACAAUGAUCAAGAAAAUAAGGUAACUGAAGACAGUAAUGAAAAGGGUUUAGUAGGUGAGGGUCAUAACGUUGAAAACAAUGAAGAAAAGAAAAAGAAGAAGAGAAAGAGAGAGGAGGGAGAAAGUAAAGAAAAGGUUUUAAUGGGUGAUGGUGAUAAUGGGUUAGUGAAGAAGACAAAGAACAAGAAGAAAAAGAACAAGAACAGGAAAAAGAAGGCUAAGAAUGCGGAGGUGAAAGUAGGUGAUGAGGCAAAAGAGGUUGCAGAAGAAACAAAUAUUAUCAGUGAAAGUCAAAUCAGUGAGGAUUCUGCUACAAAAGUUUAUGUUGGAGGCAUUCCCUACUACUCGACUGAGGAAGAUAUUCGAAGUUACUUUGAGGGCUGUGGCACUAUAACUGAAGUUGAUUGUAUGACGUUUCCUGACAGUGGGAAGUUCAGAGGAAUUGCCAUAAUUGGUUUUAAGACUGAAGCUGCAGCUAAGCGGGCCUUGGCUCUUGAUGGAUCUGACAUGGGUGGAUUUUUUCUUAAAAUUCAACCAUACAAGACAACCCGCACCUUUCAAGCCAAAAAAGUGUCUGAUUUUGCCCCAAAAAUUGUUGAGGGGUACAACAGAAUCUAUGUCGGAAAUCUGUCAUGGGAUAUAACUGAGGAAGACCUGAGGAAAUUUUUCUCAGGUUGCAAGAUAUCAUCUGUACGUUGGGGUACAGACAAGGAAACAGGAGAAUUCCGUGGGUAUGGCCAUGUGGAAUUUUCGGACAAUCUCUCAUUGUUGAUGGCAUUAAAGUUGGAUCAGCAGAUUGUAUGUGGACGAGCCAUCAAGAUAAGCUGUGCUGUUCCUAUGAAAGGAGCAAAAGUACAUGCAACUGCCGCUCCCACAGCCACAGGUAAUGAAGCUGAUAAUGGUGAGUUGAGCACGGUCAGUGGUAAGAUGAGGAGGAGGACCUGCUAUGAGUGUCAUCAGAAAGGUCAUGUUUCUACAGCCUGCCCAAAAGUACUUGCAAGUGCUGCAGCCACAGACACAGUCACAGCAAAUGAAGCUGAUAACAAUACAAAUGCAAGUAUUGCUGCAUCCAAAGCCACAGGUAAUGAAGCUGAUAAUGGUGAGCUGAGCACGAUCAGUGGUAAGAUGAGGAGGAGGACCUGCUAUGAAUGUCAUCAGAAAGGUCAUGUUUCUACAGCCUGCCCAAAAGUACUUGCAAGUGCUGCAGCCACAGACACAGUCAUAGCAAAUGAAGCUGAUAAGAAUACAAAUGCAAGUAGUGCUGCACCCAAAGAUACAAGUAAUGAAGCUGAUAAUGAUGGGUUGGCUGCAAGCAGCGGUAAGAUGAGGAGGAGGACCUGCUAUGAAUGUAAUCAGAAAGGUCAUAUUUCUACAGCUUGCCCAAACAAGAAAAUUAUUGAAACGAAUUCUAAUGCAAGUUGAGCAUUUAUGUACUAGUCAUUGUGCUUUGUCAGAUUUGUCAUGGCAAUCCAUAUCACUAUUCAUUGGAUUUGGAUGAGUUAUAGGCAGUUGAUUUUAAAAUUUUGAAUUCUUUAGUUUUUAUUUGUUAAACAGUUGAGUUAAAUACACAGUUGUAAAAACGUGAUCCUUUUAAUUUAUAUAUAAAUUUGCUGCGGAGUA